AUGACAAAAGUAAUCAUCAAUGUGGAUGAUGGGAUCAUAGUGCUUCAAGACCGAGAGGAAAAUGUGAUCUUUAAUGUCUUCAAAACUGAGCAGCAGAUUCAAGAGAAGAAGACUAAUCAUAAAGCUGCAUGUGAGGAUGCACCAGUGAUUAGCUCUAAACUUGUCAAGCCAGUCAUCAAAGCCUUUGAAGCAUUGGCGUCGUCUUCGUCGUGGUCUUUGUGGCUCACAUUAGAGCCGCUCUCUGUUCUCUAUCGCUCGCAUCGUGUUGUUUAUCAAAGGAGAAUGGAUUUGGUUGGUUUGUUCGAAUCAGUUGGAGGUCCAAUCGCCUUCUACACCAGGAGAGCACAUGGUUUUAAUCCCAUCACUGAUGUUCAAAUGGAGUGGUCCCUUUGGACUCGUGACAUUGAGGAGGAGAUACUUCCUCUUUGCAGGGAGCUUGGCAUUCAAAUUCUGCCAUACAACCCUCUUAGUCCAAGUUUCUUUAGUGGAAAAGGAGUUUUGAAAACUGUGUCAACUGUUAGCUCCCUGAACUACCUCAAAUGGUCUCAAAUCAUUAAGACCAUCUUGAAAGGGAAAGGGAAGAUCAGUCACCUGACGGGUGAUGCAUCUGAUGAGACUGAUCCCAAAUUCAAAUCAUGGGAUGAAGAAGACUCCAUGAUCAUGGCGUGGCUGUGGAAUUCAACGGUCCCAGAAAUUAGUGAUACCUGCAUGUUUCUGAAAUCAGCAAAGGAAAUUUAG